AUGGAUGGAUAUGUCGUAAACUUGAUCACAGGGAAGAUGGGCAACAAUGGGUCAUUGGUCAAAGUGAAUGUUUUCAUUGACAAAAAUAGGCAAAAGGUGAUGUUUGCAGAAGCACAAGAAGACUUUGUUGAAAUCGUCUUUAGUUUUAUGACUUUGCCAUUGGGGACAAUUGCAAGAGCCUCAAGCAAUCUCAGGGGCGGCUCGCAAGAUAUAAAACUUGGAAGCCUGACUUCCCUUUAUCAAAGUCUUUUGAAACUUCAAACUAAACUUUUCUCUAACCGAAACACCAAGCACAUUCUCCUUUACCCGUUGAUCAAUUCAUCCUCUAAUACACUUUGCCAGAAGCUGAAAGUAAAUCUUUAUCCUUCACCUUACACUGAUAGACAUGGUAAUCCAGUAUUGUUGAACAAUAAAGGAUCUUUCCUUAUCACUGAUGAUCUUCAAGUUACCCCUUACUCACUUGAUCAAAGUAUCCUGCUCCUUAAAGCUCUCGAUGUUAAAUGCUUUGAUUUGCUUGAGAAACGAACCAUUGUUUUUGGCUUCAGAGAGUUUUCGGACCUGCUCAAAUGGUCAUUAGUAACAGAUAGUCCUCUGACAAAUCUGGUGCUAGGAGGAAGAAAUAAACCAAAACCGCAGUUGUAUGUCCCAAAUUCCAAAUUGGGUGGUAACUACUCAACAGCCCAACCUCGAAUGAUUAAACUACUAGUACAGAAAUCAACCAAGAAGGUGAUAUGUGCACAAGUGCAUAACUUUUUUGUGGAAAUGCUCUUCAGUUUCCAAACCAUCCCAUUGGGUGCAGCAAAGCGUUUAACGAUGGAUACUGCUGUUGUUUCUACGUUGGGAAUAGAUAAUGUAUACAAUAGCAUUUCACGUUUGGGAGAUGCAGGGUACUUGAAAUCUGAGGAUGUCAAGAUCAUGUUGCUUGACCCAAAGGUUUCAAGUUCAUAUAGGCGUGUGACAGACUUUCUGCCUAUUUAUGAAAGAGAUACAUGCCGAGGUCAUUUCCUCAAGAAAGAAGAAUCCUUCGUAGUAUCAGAUGAUCUGAAAAUAAGUCUCAUGCCGUCUAUUUCUGAACUUCCAAAUCUUACUCUUGGAAUACCUGCUGGUGAUAUCGAGGUUAUGGAUCUGAGCAUCGGUGAACAAGAGGCGCUUUUAAUUCUCAAAGCUUCUCUCACCUCAGCCUCAGCUUUAACCGAUUUCCUCAACACAUUUAUGUGA